AUGUGUUUCCCGAGGGGCCUCUUUAAGAAAGGUGCAACACAUUACCUGUGUACGGUUAUAGGGAAUUGAAAGUAGAAAAACACUAUUAAAAAAUAAAUGUGUGCGUGAAGUCCUUGAACCGUGUGUGUAUGUGUCUGGCGACAUAUUGCCAGAAGUCCGGAACGAUCGAACGCAGGCAUUUGCCACGUUGCAGUCGAAUUUGUCAGGUUGUUAAAAGAACGCCUCUCGUUCCUGAUGUUUUCGAGGCAGUGGCUAAAACGUCAAUCAAAUUAUUUUCGUGUUUUUCCUUUGAGUGUUGAUUGCUGCCUAACGUAGCUACAGACGACGCUUUGCCUUUGCCACCUGUAAGACUGAAAACAAGUUCAUAAACCAUAUCUUUUUUGGGGGCAACAGUUUGGCUUUUGUGGUAUAAAAAUCAUGCUCAGAAUGUUGAGAGCCAGAAGAAAGAUUUGGAAAUAUCCUGUCUUCCUUGGUAUAUUUGGCUUAAUAGUUUUUGGCAUACGUCAAACACAGCAUGAUGGAUCUAGCAGUACAGGAAGUCAUCAAAAAUUCCCUGCCGAACCAGCAAUCAAUGAUGGUGGCUUAGAAAAAUUCAAUGAGAUACAAAAACACAUCAUUCAAGGUUUGGAGGUAACACCUCCCAAAGUUGUUGUGGUGAAGCAGCCCAAAAUUGAAAACAAACAAGAAAAAGAAGUGCCACCUAAACCAAUAAAAGGACCUGCCAACAAAUAUGAUUUAGAAAUUGCUGCUGAUAUUCGGAAGAUUGAAAGUGAUCUUGGUGCUGAUGGAAAAGCAGUAAAACUUUUUGGCUCUGAGCUUCAGGAGGCUGAGGAAAUUAUGAAAAAAGAAGCCUUCAAUCUUUUUGUCAGUGACAGGAUUUCGUACAAUAGAACACUGCCUGACGUUCGCGAUUCACUGUGCAAAGACCUUACCUAUGACAGGAUAUUACCUAGCGCCAGCGUCAUAAUUAUUUUCACUAAUGAAGCCUGGUCUCCAUUGAUACGGACUAUUUGGAGCGUCAUCAACCGAUCUCCAGCUCAACAUCUAAAAGAAAUUUUGUUAAUCGACGAUUUUAGCGACCGCAUUGAACUCCAAGGUAAAUUGGAGAGGUACAUCGAAACACAACUCCCCUCCAAAGUCAGGCUAGUCAGACUGAAGGAGAGGCAAGGACUCAUAAGGGCUCGUUUGGCUGGUGCAAAAGAAGCAACCGGUGAAGUCAUCAUAUUCCUCGAUUCUCACUGUGAAGCAACCUUAGGUUGGCUGGAACCCCUACUACAACGUAUAAAAGAUGACAAACGCGCGGUUCUGGUACCAAUUAUUGAUGUUAUCGACGACAAAACCUUAGAGUAUUACCACGGCUCACCUGAAAGCUUCCAAAUUGGAAGCUUUACAUGGUCCGGUCAUUUUACAUGGAUGGACAUUCCCAAAAGAGAGAUCAAACGCAGAGGCAGUCGUGUGGCACCCACUAAUAGCCCAACGAUGGCAGGAGGUCUCUUUGCAAUUGACCGGCAGUAUUUCUGGGAUUUAGGGUCGUACGACGAAGGAAUGGACGUAUGGGGAGGUGAAAACUUGGAAAUGUCCUUUAGAAUUUGGAUGUGUGGAGGAAGCCUUGAGACUAUUCCAUGCAGUCGCGUGGGUCACAUCUUUAGAUCAUUUCACCCCUAUACAUUUCCCGGAAACAAGGAUACUCAUGGAAUAAACACCGCACGUGUAGUAGAAGUUUGGAUGGACGAGUACAAAGAACUUUUCUAUAUGCAUCGAGGAGAUCUGAAAACGGUCGAUAUCGGCGACACCACAUCGCGCAAGAAGUUGCGCAAACAGCUCAAAUGUAAAAACUUCAAAUGGUAUCUCGAUAAUAUUCUUCCAGACAAAUUCAUCAUGACUGAACAUUCCAACGGCUACGGCAGGGUAAUUAAUGAAGCUUUCGGGAAACAACUGUGUCUUGACAAUUUGCAGCACAACGAAGAUCAACCGUACAAUUUGGGACAGUACCCUUGUCAUGCGCAAAUGGCUAUGAGCCAAGUUUUCGCUUUGAGCAAACGGGGCCAGUUACGCCGUGAGGAAUCUUGCGCCGAGGUACAAGAUAAUAUUUCUGCUGAGGGGCCAGUGAAGAUGGUGGGUUGUCAGUUGGAUCCGUCUGAAGACCAAAAGUGGACACUAUCCGAGAACGGUGAAAUUAUUCACCUGCAAACAGGCAAGUGCUUAGACCGAGGAAACAACAUGGGACAGUCGGACGUGACAGUUCGCGAAUGCAACAAUGGUCCCUCGCAAAUAUGGAAAUUUGAUCAUUUUUACAAACAAUGAAAGCUCGCAAAAUUUAGAAGAAUUGACCAUUCUUUACCUCUCGGGAACCGUGCUCGCAUUUGAACAA